GCUGGCAUAUGAUAUACAACAGGUUCUUUAAAUGAUUAUGAGACGAGAUGCAUGAGAUUGAGAUGCACUUGCUUCUUUCUUUGCUUGGGUGGUUGUACUUCUAGCUCAUGUGUAUCUAAUUAAACACAACUUGUGGAUUCUUUUCUUUCUCCACUCCCUCCAUUUUAUAAUGCUAUUUUUUUCCUCUCUGGCCUUUUUUCUUCUGCACCACAUUCUUUGAAUAUAUAUAUUAUAUGAAUAUGAAUUUGUGAUUUAAAGAAAAAGCAUCACCUUAGGAAUAUUGCUUUUUCGGUUUGUUCUGUCCUCCAUAAUUUUUGAGGAAAUAAAAAAUUGUGCUCGCUUUUCAAGGAGAUUUGACAGAGAUAUGGAUGUCAUGUGAGUUUAUUAUCCAAAAAGUGAGUGAAUGUCUUCCUUGGUCUAUCACCUCUGAUUGUGGGCACAUAAGAUGGGUGGUUGUAAUUGUUGGUCUGAGAUUCCUUUAUUCUCGUGUUACUGUGUGCUUGUUCCCACCGUUUGUGUAACACAGUCGGUGCUGUUGCUCAGUGCAGAUCUGCAGCUACCAGUGUGCUUAAGCUGAUACCGAAAACAUUCAGAAGUGAGGCUAAUGGAUCUUGAAUCCAGCAAGUGUUGGGACACCUCAAAGGACUCUUGGAAGACCAUUCUGAUCUUGGCAUACCAAAGUCUUGGUGUGGUAUAUGGGGACUUGAGCAUUUCUCCAUUGUAUGUUUACACGAGCACAUUUGCGGAAGAUAUUGAACAUUCAGAGACCAACGAGGAGAUUUUUGGUGCCCUUUCUUUUGUCUUCUGGACUCUGACAUUGGUGCCACUAUUCAAAUACGUUUUUGUGGUUCUUCGAGCUGAUGAUAAUGGAGAGGGGGGUACAUUUGCUCUAUAUUCUUUGAUUUGUAGGCAUGCCAAAGUUAGUCUCCUACCAAAUCGACAACAUGCUGAUGAAGCACUUUCUACAUAUAAGAUGGAGGAGCCUCCAGCGAAAGAUACUUCUAGAGUGAAGAUGGUGCUUGAGAAAUACAAGGCCUUGCAUACAGCUCUGCUAAUUGUGGUUCUUCUGGGCACUUGUAUGGUAAUAGGGGAUGGACUACUUACCCCAGCUAUUUCUGUUUUCUCAGCAGUAUCUGGUCUUGAGGUAUCUAUGUCCAAGAAACACCACCAGUAUGCUGUGAUUCCCAUCACUUGCUUCAUACUGGUGUGUUUGUUUGCACUCCAACACUAUGGUACACAUAGGGUGGGAUUCCUUUUUGCUCCGAUCGUAUUGGCAUGGCUGUUGUGCAUCAGCACACUUGGUUUAUAUAAUAUAUUCAAAUGGAAUCGACAUGUAUAUAAAGCUCUUUCACCAUAUUAUAUGUUCAAGUUCUUGAAGAAGACAAGGAUAAGUGGAUGGAUGUCUUUGGGAGGAAUAUUGUUGUGCAUAACAGGCUCAGAAGCCAUGUUUGCUGAUCUUGGCCAUUUCUCAUAUAUGGCCAUUCAGAUUGCAUUCACCUUUCUGGUAUAUCCUGCGCUUAUAUUGGCAUAUAUGGGUCAAGCUGCUUAUUUGUCAAAUCAUCAUGAUUCCGAACUCCAAAUCAGUUUCUAUGUCUCAGUUCCAGAAAGUGUGAGGUGGCCAGUGCUUAUCUUAGCUAUUCUAGCUUCUGUUGUGGGAAGCCAAGCAAUCAUCAGCGGAACAUUUUCUAUCAUAAACCAGAGCCAAUCUCUAGGUUGCUUCCCAAGAGUUAAGGUUGUUCACACAUCUGACAAGAUACAUGGUCAGGUCUACAUUCCUGAAAUUAAUUGGAUACUCAUGAUCCUCUGUAUUGCUGUGACCAUUGGAUUUAGGGACACAAAGCACAUGGGAAAUGCUUCAGGGUUAGCUGUGAUGACCGUGAUGCUGGUAACAACAUGUCUCACCUCCUUAGUAAUGAUAGUUUGUUGGCAUAAACCCCCUAUUCUAGCCCUUUGUUUCCUACUGUUUUUUGGAUCUAUUGAACUGCUGUAUUUCUCAGCUUCACUCACAAAGUUUUGUGAGGGUGCCUGGUUACCUAUCCUGCUGGCCCUCUUCCUCAUGAUCAUAAUGUUCCUUUGGCACUAUGCAACCAUCAGAAAAUAUGAAUAUGACCUUCACAACAAGGUCUCACUAGAUUGGCUUCUAGCCUUAGGUCCAAGCUUGGGAAUUGCUAGAGUCCCAGGAAUAGGCCUAGUGUUCACUGACCUAACCACUGGCAUCCCAGCAAACUUCUCCCGCUUUGUCACCAACCUCCCUGCAUACCACCGCAUCCUUGUUUUCGUGUGUGUGAAGUCAGUGCCUGUCCCUCAUGUCCCUGCUGCUGAGAGGUAUCUAGUAGGCCGUGUCGGACCUUCAGCUCAUCGGUCCUACCGGUGCAUAGUCCGAUAUGGAUACCGUGAUGUUCAUCAGGAUGUUGAUUCCUUUGAGUCUGAACUAGUAGCAAGGCUUGCUGAUUUCAUCCAGUAUGAUUGGUACCGGUCUAGGAGGAGUAGCAUGAGCAUUGAAGAUGAUGCGUCACACUCUAAUGAAUCAUCAAGUCACAGACUAACUGUGAUUGGAACAACUGGUUUCUCCAUCCAGCCAGGAUAUGAGAGUGGUGGGGAGAGUGUGCAGCAAGCAAGUGUAUCUGUUGGCUUCCCUACAGUUCACAGCGUGAGUGAUGUGAUUGAGAUGGAACCAAUGGAUGUGACUGAGAGGAGAGUGAGGUUUGCUAUUGAUGAUGAGCCUGAAAGUGAUGCAAGGUCUGAGGUAGGAGUGCAAAUGCAGGAAGAGCUGGAAGAUCUUUAUGCAGCUCAAGAAGCUGGGAUUGCCUUCAUUCUUGGACAUUCUCAUGUAAGAGCAAAGCAAGGCUCAUCUGUCCUAAAGAAAUUGGCACUUAACUAUGGCUACAAUUUCCUGAGAAGAAAUUGUAGAGGCCCAGAUGUGGCACUUAAGGUUCCCCCAGUUUCUCUUUUGGAGGUUGGCAUGGUUUACAUUGUGUAGAAUAUCUAACUUGUAAUUAGCUUUCUUUUUUGUCAUGUUUUUCAUAGAGAGAUAUAGGCUUCAAUGCCAAAGCAGUGUGCAGUUUCCAAAGGAUUUUGUGAAUGUGACUGUGAGAGUGGCUCUGCCCUUAAAAUGUAACGCAAUUUACAUAGAAUGCUUUCAUUCUUUUUUUCUGUUC